AUGUCUUACCAAGAGCAGCAGUGCAAGCAGCCCUGCCAGCCUCCUCCUGUGUGCCCACCCACAAAGUGCCCAGAGCCCUGUCCUCCUCCAAAGUGCCCAGAGCCAUGCCAGCAGAAAUGCCCUCCUGUGCAACCUCCUUCACCCUGCCAGCAGAAGUGCCCACCCAAGAGCAAGUGA